ACCAACUCCCCCUCUUCCCCCCCAAAAGCCUUCUUUCACCCGAAGGGAGGGGAAAAUUAGGCAUGUUUGUAAAACGUGCUGGAUUCUUCUACAGUGGUAGAUGAUUGAUGAAGAGGAGGAGGAGGAGGGGGGUGGUGAAGAUCUGGUGGAAAAAAGGAAUGUGUUUGCAGGAGGAGGAGUGUAAGCGAUGAUUGUGUAAUUAAAUAAUUAAAAACAAUCCUCAAGUCUCAUUUGGGGAAGCGAACUGGAAGGGGGUCCCCAGGGUGUAACCGGUGGAUUUUCCAACUUCCAAGUUUUGCAGCAAGCGAGAGAGGGAGCAAAUGGGGAGGGAGAGAGGGAGAGAUUUAUCGUUUUGAAUUUUCAAGAGAUCAUUUUUAUUAUAGUGGGCGUUUGGAAAGCAGCCUCUUAACAUUGCCCACAUUAGAGAGAGAGAGGGAGGGAGUGGAUAGGCAGAGAGAGGCACAGGCUGCUGCGAGAGAAGCCCGGAGAUUGCGCGCUGCGAAGCAUUUCCCAGCCUUGGGGGACUCACACUCUCACUCACUCUCUCACAUACGCACAUGGUCUCUUCCUUGCAAAGUUUCGCCUGCGAUUACUCCGGGACUUUCCUGCUCCGCUCUGGGCUGUAACCUUGAACUUUGGUAGCGUGGUGACAGUGCAACCACCGCCGCCGCCACCAACAUCUUAAAAAAGCAAACAACAAAAACCCUCCCGUCCACCUCCCCCACCCCCGAAAAAAUCCUUCAUCCGAAAACCAGCAGCAGCAGAAGCAGCAAAAGCGAGACUCCUGAGCCGCCGACAACAAGAGGGUUAAAAGUGUAGAUUGGAUUUCACCCCGGGAAAUCUAGCACACGGAGUGAACUUGAAUCUUUGGCUAUUUAAGGAGGACUGGGGUUUGCUGUGAAGUUGUGGUGAUCCAGGGCAGAAUCCCGUCCUGAUUGAUUUCAUCUUCCUUGAGUUCUCAGAUGUCUAAAAUGAAUAGAUGAAAUUAUUCCCUUUUGAGGCUUUUCUUAGGGGCUCUCCGGGAAGUGUGUUCUCAAAGCGAAGUCAUGAUGUAUUCUCCCAUCUGUCUCACUCAGGAUGAAUUUCACCCGUUCAUUGAGGCACUUCUACCACAUGUCCGUGCAAUCGCCUAUACUUGGUUCAACCUUCAGGCUCGAAAACGCAAGUACUUUAAAAAACAUGAGAAGCGAAUGUCAAAGGAUGAGGAAAGAGCAGUCAAGGAUGAGCUACUUAGUGAAAAGCCUGAAAUUAAACAGAAGUGGGCAUCCAGGCUCCUCGCCAAACUGCGCAAAGAUAUCCGCCAAGAGUACCGGGAGGAUUUUGUGCUCACUGUUACUGGGAAGAAGCACCCAUGCUGUGUAUUGUCCAAUCCUGACCAGAAGGGUAAGAUUAGGAGAAUCGAUUGCCUGCGACAGGCUGACAAAGUCUGGCGUCUGGAUCUAGUCAUGGUGAUCCUGUUCAAAGGCAUCCCCUUGGAAAGUACGGAUGGAGAGCGACUCAUGAAAUCCCCACAUUGCACAAAUCCAGCACUUUGCGUCCAGCCACAUCACAUAACAGUAUCAGUCAAGGAGCUUGAUUUGUUUUUGGCAUACUACGUGCAGGAGCAAGAUUCUGGACAAUCAGGAAGUCCAAGCCACAAUGAUCCUGCCAAGAAUCCACCAGGGUACCUUGAGGAUAGUUUUGUAAAAUCUGGAGUCUUCAAUGUGUCAGAACUUGUGAGAGUGUCCAGAACGCCUAUUACCCAGGGAACUGGAGUGAACUUCCCGAUUGGAGAGCUUCCGAGCCAGCCAUACUACCAUGAUAUGAAUUCGGGUGUAAAUCUACAGAGGUCACUGUCCUCUCCACCAAUCAGCAAGAGACCCAAAACUAUCUCCAUAGAUGAAAAUAUGGAACCAAGUCCAACCGGAGACUUUUACCCAUCUCCAAAUUCACCAGCUGCUGGGAGUCGGACAUGGCAUGAAAGAGAUCAAGGCCAAGUUCCUUGGAUUCUUAGCACUAAUAAGAUGCUGUGGCCAAGAGCUUUUCCCUGGAGUCAUGAUGAAUAUAUGUCUUCUCCUACAAUGAAGAAGCCUGAGAAGCCUUUGUUUAGUCCCACAUCUCCUCAGGAUUCUUCACCGAGACUGAGCACUUUCCCCCAGCAUCACCAUCCAGGAAUCCCAGGAGUUGCACACAGUGUCAUCUCAACCAGAACUCCCCCCCCACCUUCGCCAUUGCCAUUUCCAGCACAAGCUAUUCUCCCUCCUGCCCCGUCUAGCUACUUCUCUCAUCCAACGAUCAGAUAUCCUCCCCAUCUGAAUCCUCAGGAUACUCUGAAGAAUUAUGUACCUUCUUAUGACCCGUCCAGUCCACAGACGAGCCAGCCUAACAGCAGUGGUCAAGUAGUAGGGAAAGUGCCUGGCCAUUUUACUCCAGUUUUGGCACCCUCUCCCCAUCACAGUGCGGUGAGACCUGUGACUCUGACCAUGACAGAUACUAAACCCAUCACUACAUCCACUGAAGGUGAGGCAUCUUCACCUACAGCAACCACCUACACAGCCUCAGGCACAUCCCAAGCCAAUCGAUAUGUGGGACUAAGCCCAAGAGACCCAUCCUUCCUACACCAGCAACAGGUGGGCAAGUUUCACAUAGUCCUGGUACCUGGGCUAGCUUGGUCCCUUUUCAAGUAUCAAACAGGACACCAAUCCUGCCGACAAAUGUCCAAAAUUAUGGUUUGAACAUAAUUGGAGAGCCUUUCCUUCAAGCAGAAACAAGCAACUGAGGGAAAAUGAAAAAAAAAAUUUAAAGAAAAAAAGAAAGGAAGACAGGACAAAAAAUGAAACUGAAGAAAGAAGAAAAAUAGACCAGCAAUUGCAGCAUUUACAAUCACUAAUUCCCUUAAGGUUGAAACUGUAAUGACAUAAAAAGGGUCGAUGAUAUUUCACUGAUGGGUAGAAUGCAGCCUCUGCUAAGUAGCCUUUGUUAUAUGAAGUCCACUGGGAAAUAGAUGUUCUGUCUCUGACAAUAUAUUUUAACUGACUUUCUAGAUGCCUUAAUAUUUGCAUGAUAAGCUAGUUUUAUUGGUUUAGUAUUCUUGUUGUUUACGCAUGGGAUCACUAUUCCUAGUUAUCUCACAAAACAAAGGCUAGGCGGCAGCAACAGAGCUGCAAGAGGACAAGGGCUGUGAGACAGCCAUUUUCUCAACACUCUGAUUUCUAAAAGUUAAAAAAAAUAAACUCUGUAGCCUUUAGUUAUCAGUACAGAUUUAUUAAACUUUGGCCCUUAACCCAGCCUUUUUUAGCGUGUUACCUAGGUUGGAAUUUUCAAAGUCAGUAUGAACACAGGCUCUCUGGAAAAAAUGCCUCUCUGUAGGUAAAAGUGUUAUCUCCUCUUGCAACAGUAAAAAAUAAUUUACCUUUUUACCCACUAAAGAAAUACUUACAGAGGCAAGUGCAAUUUAAAAAUUAUAUCUAAAGGGGAACAUCAUUAUAAGUCCUUCAGCCCUUGGACUCUAAAUUGAGGGGAUUAAAAAAAAAGAAUUUAAAAUUACUUUGCGCAAAUUUAUUUUCCCCUCAGUUUUGAGGGCAUUAAAUCAAGACAAAUCAUGUCAUUGAGAGAAGAAAUUAAUGGAAACACAGCACUUAUGUUGGUUUAGCUGCUGCCUCCAUAGAGGGGUAGGAUUUAUUUAUUUAAAGUUACUGGUUGCAUCAAUAACCCAUAGGGUGUAUGUAAAGUUCUAUAAAAUCUGCAUCAUAGAGACGAAGAAAAAGGCAAAUCCAUGUCACAAAGGCAAAGCUUACAGUUUACUGACUGGGAAUAGCAGGGUGGGGGGUAAAAUAUAUAUAAACAUGCACUCUUACAAAAAAAUAAGUCUAAUCACAGGGUGCUGAAAACUUGCAUGGUGCUUUCAGAAAUUAGCCUUGUUCAACACAUUUCUCAUAUUGACAGAACAGUAACGUGCAUGGGCAGACACAUUUUGCCUCUAUGUCUCUUAAAACUAAUUAAUUGAUUAAAAAUACUCUUUCCAGUAAUCCUAAUUUGCACGAAGUUAUAAUGUCCACAUUACGUGCCUUGCCUUGAAAUCUUAAAAAAAAAAAAAAAAAAAAAGUGACAUCACUCUACUUGUUUUGCUGCAUUUAUUAUUUUAAAUCUUUACCAUUUUUAUGACAAAAUAUUUUGUACUCCAGAUGGGGGGAAAAAGUGUGACAUCAUGGAUUUUUUAGACAGUUAUACCUUUAUCUCACAUUUAUAAAGCAUAUCAUGGCUGUGUAUAGUUGCCGCUUAAAAAUUGUAAUCGACCAGCAAUAUUUUCAGUAUUUUGGUGUUUUUUCUAUUAACCUUUCAUGUUUUUCAUCUUCCAAUUAAUAUUUGGGGGGGGGGUGUUCAAAUUUAUACGAAUUAUGCAAUACCAAGUUUUGCCUAUGUAGGUAGUGCUUUUAGCUGUAUUGGUUAUUAUAGGUAAGUACACAGAUUUAAAAGAGAAAAAAAAAAGAAUAAUGUAUGCUUUUUUUUGUUUGUUUUAAUUGACCAAAGUGGGUACUGCUAUUUUUGCAGUGUGAUGAGGUCCUUUUGUGUACUGAGAGAUGGACAGGGGAUUUUUUUUUAUACAUACAUAUAUAUAUAUAUAUAUAUAUUCUGGGGAGGGUGGGGAGGAUUUUUAACACUUUACAGUGUAGCUGUGAAGCAGUGCACCCUUAGCCAGGCAAGGGCUGCAAAGCGACUGUUCUGCCUACUGUGACAAACUUUCAAAUAGGUUCCCUCUUUUUAACUUCCCACCUGGGGUGCAAGCUGAACUCAUUUCUGGAUUUAAAAAAAAAAAAAAGGAUUCUGUUGGAGGCAGACUUGACUUGAGGAAAUUGUUUUACUUUUUUAUUUCGAGAGGUCAAGACCCACAGUGAGACUGAGUCUCUUUCAUUUAUGGCAAAGAUAUGGUAUCCCAAAAUGUACACUUUUAGAGGGUGUUUUUAGCUAGAAUGACAUGGAAACACACUGUCUUCUAUGAGAUGCACGUACUGGGCCACAUUCUUUGUUGGUGUAACUCUGUUGAUUUCAGUUGACUCCAAAAGAGUUAUGCCAGCAGAGAAUUUGGAGCACUGUAUUUAAAUGACUGGUGAAUACUCUUUUUCCCUAUGUCAAAGAGUUGGGGUCUUUUUUAGUUUAACAACACACAACAUCUGAAUUACAGGCACCUACAUUAGCAAACAGAUGCCACAGGUUUAGAAUUUCUUCACAUACAAAAGGUCAGAUGGAAAGCUGCAGUUCUGUACUGUAACUUGAAUGGAAUUAGAAUACAAUGUAAAGAAAAGUUUAUUUCAAGUAAAGUAAAAUCUUACAGACUAGUGGGCCUAAUGCUGCAAACCUUAUGUACAUAAGGACUCCAUUUUACAGCUCAACUUUCCCAUCAAUGCACACCCUUUUAUUAGGGUGCGAAUGCCGGGGAGAAUAGACUGCUGAGCAUUGAGGCCCCUGUGGGAUAACUGAGCCCAUAAAGGCUGCUUCUAUUCUAGCUUUGUCUUGAAAUUUCCCGUUAUUGAUCUACCACUGGGAUGCAGCUCUAACAAUGGUAGCACUGCUGAGCGGUCUAGUGGCUACUAGGCGCUGGCAGUUUUACUACUGUGUCAUCCAACCCUGCUCAGAGCAAGUCCAGAUGACAAUAUAGCUAAAAACAGUGACAGCUGCCAGCACCUUGUCUCCACUAGCGCUCCCACCAUCGUUGCUACCUCCGUUGGAGCUGUAUCAGUGGGACAUGAUAUGAGAAAGCUGUGUAAGCAAGGCCUAAAAGGCAACAGAGAGAGAAAGUAGAAAAUAAAAAAACCUCAAGAUUUAUAUUUAGCUAAAUUAAAAUAAAGAAACCAGCUUUAUGUUGCUCUUUUUCUGAGCCCCAUAGUAAGUGAAUUUAUUCACUAAGUAAGCGGCUGUUAAGACUAACUGAAACGUAGUAACAACCUUGAGGAUCCCUUAGGCUGUGGCCUGAUAAAAUAAGCUGCGUAUUGUUCUCUCAGCACAUCACUUAAUAAUGAACAGUUAUGAAACAUGGUUAUGUGCUGGAGAACUGUAUUUGAUUAUCCCAUUCAGUAAGAUGUCCCUUUAAACUUUGACUAGCACAGCAGUAUGAACCCAAGGCAAGUCCAGACAAUAAAGUGCAAUAAUUUAAAUGAUGCUUAUCCUUGUAGAUGGUGGAUGCUCUUAACUAAACUUUUCAUGUAUCUUUGACCUAUGGUGUGAACAAAUCAAGCUUACAAACACAGACUUUUUUUUUUUUUUUAAAGUUCACAUUCGCUCUGUGUGAAUGAAUUUUCCUCUGUGGAAUGUUAAGUGACUCUGUGGGUUUUUCUGCCUACCUCUUUAAUAGAAAGGCCUGUUUUGAAAAAGAAACCCAAACUUCCUUUUCUUUUUCUUUUCUUUUCUUUUCUUUUCUUUUUUUUUUCUUUUCUUUCUUUUUUUUUCUAAGUUCAAGAGUCAAAAAAUUAAGAAAAUAUUGAGGACUCAAAUCCAGUCUCUAGCCUCCUCCUUCACCAGGAAGUGUAUUCUGACUAAAUCAAGCCACCCCGUUCUAUGUGCACUGUUCUGCCUUUAGUAAGUUGCUUUGCAGCCCUAGCCUUAUGGCUGUACCACUGAAGUGUGUUUCCCCUGGAGUGACAUGAACGUUUGAGGCUUGACUAAGGGAAAAAAGAAAAGGCAGUGAAGGAGACUGUACAUAAAGACAUGGCAAAAAUAUUAAUUAUAGCAAUAUAGUUGUGGGGUGAUGUUCAGGUGGGCAGCUCCAUUGAAAAUAUGUGAAUGAAUCUGUGAAGCUGCAAGUAGCGAGAAGAACAGAGGAUCUUCUUAAUGAACCACCUACCUUGUAGACAGUAAUUUGUACACUGUAUAGUUUUGUUAAGAAUUUUUUUUAAUUAAAGUACCCUUGUUUGUAAAGCUAACUUUUUAACAGUUAUAAUGGAAAUAUAUGACAUUUCCAUUUUUAAAGUAAACAAGAAUAUUCCUUGUUUGGAAACUGGACUUGGGUUAAAACUCUCCAGUUUCUUAAUUUAUGUAUUAAAAAAAUCUGUCCACCUUAGGAGUUAUUUCGCAGAUUCCUAUGCUUGAAAAGCCUAGGUUACUAAUCCUUUAAAAAAAGUUGUAAAUGGAGAAAAGUUAUAUUUUAUGAAGGUUAUUUUGUUGUAUUUAGUAUUGGAAAAGUUGGUUUUCAGAGCAUUUCAGAAUGUUGGAAGCACCACUGUCUUUUUAUUAGUAUAUAUGGCCUUUAGCAAAAGUUUUUUGUGAUUGUUACAUGAUGGUAUUUAAGAUUAGGUUCACAGAGCAUUCAAGAUAGGCAGAGAAUUCUAACAGUACUUAUUGUCUCACAUAGCUGUGUCCUCAGGGAGCAGAAUUUUGGAUUUGCAACUUGUAGCUUCAUAAGGACUUAAUGAAAGAGAUUGCACAGGGACAUACUCAGCCAUGACACCCAAGUGUGUUCUGUACCUAAACUCUAAAUUAUUUGUACAGUGUGAGAUUAUGAAGGCUGCAGAAAGUUAUCCCAUAUUC